AACAGAGAGUGGGUGAUGUCUGCUGCCCACUGCUUUACCAGUACAAGCACAUUUGGGUGGCAGAUUUUCUUAGGUCGGCAGAAUCAGGAGGGUUCUAAUCCAAACCAAGUGUCCAGAACUGUUGCCAGAAUCAUUUUGCAUCCAAACUAUGACAGCAACACCAGCAACAACGACAUCGCUCUACUCAGACUCUCUUCACCAGCUGAAUUCACAGACUACAUCAGACCUGUGUGUCUGGCAGCCAGUAGCAGCGUGUUCAACAACGGUACUGAUAGCUGGGUCACUGGCUGGGGAGCAGUCAAGGAGGGAGUGCCUUUACCUUCUCCUCAAACUCUACAAGAGGUGGAGGUGCCAGUUCUGGGAAACAGACAGUGUAACUGUCUCAAUGGAGUCGGCACAAUCACAGACAACAUGAUCUGUGCUGGUGUUCUGGCAGGAGGCAAAGACUCAUGUCAGGGUGACUCAGGAGGUCCAAUGGUGAACCAGCAGGGCUCCGUCUGGGUCCAGUCUGGAAUCGUUAGUUUUGGUUUUGGCUGUGCUCGGCCCAAUCUGCCAGGAGUCUACUCCAGAGUGUCCAGUUACCAGUCCUGGAUCAACUCCCACAUCACAUCUGAUAAGCCAGGCUUUGUCCAGUUCAGCUCCAGUGGGCUGGAUGCUGACAGCAGCUACACCUGUCCUGGCCUGCCACCUCCUGUCAUCACUAUUACUACUACUGAUGCUACUGGUACAGCAGGACCAGAUGUUACAACGGCAGAACCAGUAUCCAGCAUGUCAAGUGCUGAAUGUAAGUAA